GCAAUUACAAACUGAUGGAGUUGGUAGCAACCACUCCAUCCCCAAACCUACUUCACUUUUCCAAUGUUAUCUCCGAACUAUUCAAUUCUUAGCUACCACAAACCUUCAAGUUUACUGCAAAGAUGAUUUCAGGUGAUUCUGCUUCCACUGCGAUCAUUGUCAGAGAUCCGAAUAUUGAUUCUAAAGGGAAAGCUCCUAUAGAACCAGCAUCUCCUCCUGCUGCUGCUCCAAAAGUUCAACUAGCUGCUAUUUCCGGGAAAAAUAAUGUGAGAGGAUGCAGAAGAUGUAUUGCUCUACUUGAUUUCCUCUUGAGGCUGUGUGCUAUUGGUGCUUCUCUUGCUGCCACCAUUACAAUGGGAACCACCGAGGAGACUCUUCCUUUCUCCGGCGAGUUCUUUCAGUAUCAUGCUAGUUAUGAAGAUCUCCCUGCUCUAACGUUUUUUGUGAUUGGAAACGCAGUCACAGCAGGCUACCUCGUCCUGUCUCUCCCGUUCUCUCUUGUUACCGUCAUUUGGCCACAAGUACUCGGCCUAAAGCUUCUCCUCCUCGUCCUCGACACUGUUAUGCUUGCUCUGGUUACUUCUUCUGCCGCUUCCGCUGCAUCCAUUGUUUAUUUGGCGCACAAUGGGGACCCGAAAGCAAACUGGGUUUCCAUCUGUAUGCAGUUCCAUGGCUUUUGUCAACGUAUAAACGGUGCAGUUGUGGCCUCAUUCGUCGCUUCGGUUGUCUUGAUAGUGUUAGUUGUGAUGUCUGGUUUGGUACUGAGAAAGCACUGAAUAUGCCGAUCAAAGUUUUGUGAUGUUGUGUGAUCCUCGAGUUUGUUGUGCACUUGAUAGACCCCCCAGUGAACUUCUCUGACUCUUUUUAGAGUGAAAAAUGAUUCAUUUAGGGAGUGCAUCUGCACUUGGAGGAAUAGUACAGGAGAUCUAUCCCGUGGCAAUAGAACUAUAAUGGGUCUAUCUGCAAUAUUGGAAGAUAGUACAGGGGGUCUACCUGCAAUUAACGCUUAAUUUUUCAGCUUGUGAUUGCAGUUGUGGUGACAUUAGCAAAUAUCUAAGACUUCAUUAAGAGGCUGAUUGUGAUUGGAGUUGCAACAUAGGCUCUACUUGUAUAUAUAAUGUUUUAUUAUUUGCAAUGAGGCAACUCGUUGGGACUGAUCCAAAAUGUCUCAAUCUGUACGAAAAUAGCUGCAAUCCAUAAAGUUGCACGAACCAAGGUAGUGGCUUAAACGAGAGAACUUUCUCUCUCUCUGUCUUUGGAAACAAAAUGGAGAAAUGAAUAAGAAAGCGGAACUUUGUGCGAGCUUUUAAGCGAGGAGUCUUUUCCAAGGGUGGUUGCCAACAAAAUAUGA